AUUUUGUAGUACUUUUUGACGAAAACAAAUUAAAAUUAAUGUGUUUUAAUUGAAUAACCUCAGUCAAAGAGUGUCAAAAUGCGCGCCAGCUGGAAAAACUGGUGCCGUGUUUGCGCGAGUGAAGCAGCCGCAUUGAAGCUUGAAGCGGUGGACGUUAUAAAUACCAUCAUUUUACCUACAUUACACGUUUCGAUAAGUGAUAUAAGCAAGGAUGCAUUAUCAAUAUGUGAAGAAUGUUGCAAGUUCGUUAACAAAUUGGAACGGUUCAAGGAACGAUGUGAAGAAACAGACCGCUUGUUUAUAUACCUAUCCAACUUCAACAGCAUCGAGAUGAGCACACGGGAGCUUAAAACAAUUCGUAGACGAUAUCUGGGGUUAUUUGAUUUAGGCGAUGGGGCGGAAUCUAAUGAAGAAGAGAUUGAGUCUGACGCUCAACAUCUGACAACUGCUAUCGAAGGGGUCAUGCUCAACGAAGGAAACACGAAAGCAAACAAUCCUGAUUAUCCGGAGGAGGACACCUUCGUAGAAUUUAAGGUGGAACAGCUAGAAACAUCCACCAUUAACAUCGCUCCGGAGCGUACUGCUUCCGAUACGGAGCAGUGGGAACCGAACGAGAUCGAAUAUGAGGAGGAUCGUUCGGCCGAUAACAGUGACCCACCAUCCCGUGAUGAGAAAUUGGAAGAAGUGGAAGCCAUCGCAACGGAAUCAACAGCAGAAGAUCAAACAUCUGGCGAUGACCUUGACAAAAACUCCUCUAAAUCUUCAGAUACCUUGUCGACAGUGCGAAGAAAAGAGAAGAGAAAACUGACCGAAUUUCAAUGUGGGAUUUGUUUGAAAAAGUUCAGCUCACGCGACUUAUUGAAGAAACACGAAGAUUCGCAUUUUCCGAAACAUAAUUUUUAUUUUCCAGAUAAUGAAUUUACGUGUCCUAUUUGUGAUAAAAAGUUUCGACGAGCUAUUAACGUAAAGGCCCAUGUACGACUGGUCCAUGAUGGCAUUAAACCGUUCAUUUGUGAAGAAUGCGGCAGGGCUUUCGGUUCGAAGGGCGCUUUAAAAGAACAUUACGUAGUGCACUCUGACGAUCGACCAUUUAAAUGUCCCCAUUGCCCGAUGACAUUCAAAAAUCAGUCUCGGUUAAAGACUCACGAGGAUGUCCACAAUGAAACCCAUUACAUCUGUCCAUAUUGCGGGCUACAGCUGAAAACGAAACGUACUCUCAAUAUGCAUAUGCUCGUGCACUCGGACCAGAAGAACCACAGAUGCCAGUACUGCGGGAAAGAGUACAAGCGAUCGAAGGCCCUGAAAACUCACCUGAUAUUGCACACCGGGCUGCGGCCGUAUCAGUGCCCGUUCUGUGACCGGACGUUCACGAACGGAUCAAACUGUCGUAGUCAUAAGAAAAAGUUUCAUCCUCUCGAGCUGGCCGCUCUGGAAGCGGGGGGUGGUCAAAAGCCUGCCUCGAAUAUUCCCAAAUUAGAAAAUCUUCAGCCAAAGUCACAAAACAACACGGAAGAACCUGAGCUUAAAGUGGAAGUGGUUGAACUAGCACCCAUCGUGGAAACCAAUAAUGCGAAAGAGGGUACUACUAUUCUGAAUACAAGCUUAAGACUUAAGUCAAAGAAAAGAGCGAGGUAUGUUAUAGCUUUGACGAACAUGCCAACUAGUUGAAAAUCAACCAAAAGACAUGAUUUAAAUCAUUUGAGCUUCUCGGAACCCAGAUUUUACCCAUCGAUCCUAUCUUGUGUCGAUUUGCGUCAGCAAAUCAUCGUUGUCAUGUUCAUAAGUUUGGUUCAUUUAGAACUGGGGCACUUUGAAUGAUAGUGGAGCCCCCCGUGGACAAAAAUGUAAAACUUUUACAGCGUUUUGGUUAUUUGGUCAAAUUUUCGUGCAAUUUAGUUAUUCCUGCUCCAAGAUUUUCGAUAUGCAAGAGGAGAAGCGAAAACUAAUUGUGCCCAACUAUCUGCAGAAUCCAUCAGUGUCAUCUCUGUAGCUGGCAAAACGGUUAAGUUUGCUAAGUCGACCGUUGCGCGAGUGAUUAAAAAGAACAAGAAAACACAGACGAGUGCCCGUAAGGUGCAAUCUAAGCGAUGGAAUGGAACCGUGAAUCGUCAAUAGCGAUUUAUAUUGGUAUAAAAGAUACACGCAAUACAAAGUGCCCCAUUUCUAAAUCAACCAAGCCUUAGAUUGCUCAUAUCGAGCAGUUGUACGCAACUUAUAGUUAAGGCAAUUAAGUUCAAAUUUGUGUUUUCACAAGCAAUAUUAUAAUCAGGUUUCUUUUGGAACAUGCUAGUUCAUUCAAAGUGUGCCGUCAGUUUUGACCUAUAGUAAUUCAAUCCAAAUUUAUUUUGGCCCAAUUUGUUAUUCAUCACCGUGUUCUAUUUCAUUAUGAAUCUUAAAACUUUGAGUCAUAACUCUAACUUACAGGUAUGAUAGAACAUUUAAAACUCUUUCAUUGUUAAGCAUAGUUUUCAUACUUUUGUGUCUAUUCAUUGAUAAAAAUAGGAGAAUCGAAUGAAGGUUAUCAUGUAUCAUGUUAGCUCAUGUGGAUAUACAAGUCUGCGUAAUGAUUUCCGGAAAAGUUUGUGUG